CUUCCAUCUCCUUCUUUUCUCAUCAACUCUUGUUCACUUCCCCAUUCUUACUCAUUCUCAUUCCCCUCUUGCACCUUUUCUAUCCCUUUCUCACAUAGACAUUCAUACACAUACGCAUACAGAUAACAUCAUAUUAAUAUCAGAAUCAUGAAGUCCACCCUCUUACUUGUAUCUCUUGCUAUUGCUGCUGUGGUCUCUGCUGCUGGUCAGACUUAUCUUGAAGAAACCUUCUCGGAUGAUAAGUGGGAAGACCGCUGGAUGAUUUCCUCACACAGGGACGACCUUGGUAAGGUCGAGCUUUCCUCAGGUACUUUCUACGCUGAUAAGGAAUACAACCAAGGACUACAGACCAAACAGGAUCACCGCUUUUAUUCUCUUUCUACCCCUUUCAAGUCGACUGUUGACAACUCAAAGGAGGAUCUCUUCGUCCAAUACACUGUGAAGCAAGAAGAACCUCAGGAGUGCGGUGGAUCAUACCUCAAGCUUCUACCUGAGAACUAUGAUGCCAAGUCCUUCAAUGGCGACUCUGAGUAUGCAAUCAUGUUUGGUCCUGAUGUUUGUGGCUCUGAGAACCGUAUUCAUGUCAUCUUUAACUACAAGGGCAAGAACUAUCUGAUCAAGAAGAAUUUCCCCGUCCCUCGCGACUCUAAGACUCACUUUUACCGCUUAGUUGUUCAUCCUGACCAAAAGUACUCUCUCAAUGUCGAUGGUGAUCUUAUCUCUGACCAUGUUCCAUUGGAGGAGCAGUGGGAUGUCUAUCCCAGCCGCACCAUCCCUGAUCCUGAUGAUAAGAAGCCCGAAGACUGGGUUGAUGAUGCUAGAAUCCAGGAACCUAACCAUGUCAAGCCUGACAACUACGACGAUAUCCCCCGCUACAUCCCUGAUCCCGAUGCUGUCAAGCCCGCGGAUUGGGAUGAUGAAUCCGAUGGAGAAUGGGAGCCCGCUGAGAUCCCUAACCCUGACUUUGAGGAGUGGGAGCCUAAGUACAUUGACAACCCUGAUUACAAGGGCGAGUGGACACCUAAGCAGAUUCCUAACCCCGAAUUUAAGGAGGAUCCCGAGCUCGCUCACUACAAGAUUGCCGGUGUUGGCUUGGAUCUCUGGCAAGUUAAGUCUGGUAGCAUCUUUGAUGACAUUGUUGUCACCACUGAUGCCGAGCUCGCCGACAAGUACUUGAGCCAGUGGAAGGAGAACAAGCCCAAGGAAACCGAUGCUCUUGUGGCUAAGGAGAAGAAAGAACAGGAGGAGAAAGAGGCACAGAAGAAACGUGAGGAGGAAGCAGCAGCCGUUAAGGAGGAAGAGACUAAGAAAGUUGAGACUGAUGAGCUUGAUGAGGAUGAUGAGAAGACCGAGGCCAAGGAGACCAAAGAGACAAAGACAGAGCCUGAGCCUGAGGCAGUCAGCGAGCCUGAACCCGAGCCUGUGGCAGUGAAGGAGGAAGAGGCCGUCAAGGAGACAAAGGAAACCAAGAAGGAGACCGUUAAGGAUGAAUUGUAAAAUAAUAUGUUUAAAUAUGAAAAGACUUUACCACAAAAACAAUGUAAAAAUAAAAAAAGACAUACUUCAAC